AUGUUACAAUCAUCUCUCUUUCUUCCUAUUGAUUCUUCUGAAACUUUUACAUCAGGAGAAUCCUCCUAUGAACCACAACCGAAACAGUCUGCUUCCAGUUCUAAUGAAAGUACUCCAACACAUCGUAAACGAGUCAUAAGACGUUCCAAAGUCAACAAGAGUGAAAGUGUAUAUGAAGAUGAACAAGUACCCAAAAAGAAAAAGGAAAACAAAAAAUCUCAAGAUGACUAUCAAGAUGCAACAACAGCUAGUGAUGUAACAACUGCUGCCUCUGGAAAUUUGGACGUUAUCAAGGAUGAUGUGCCACCCAUUCAGACGUAUUUUAAUUCGAAGAAAUAUUACAACAAAUCGAUUUUAGCAUUGGAUAUUGGUUCAAGUUUUUCCAAAGCAAUGAAAGUUACUGUUUGUCCUGGUUUAAACACUGGGGAAUGUUCCAAUCUCAGCUUUACCUUGAACAACGACUUUUUAUUUUCAACUUCAAUAUUCUAUUCGAAAAAGGACAAUACGUAUUGUGUUGGAAAACCAAACGAUUUUAGUCAACACGCAGAUGAAUGGAUUGAACUGGAAAAUAUCAAGAGAAUCUUCACUGUUCAAGAACUGAUGACCGUCACUAUUGGUGGACAGGAAUUUCAAGUGAGUCAAGUCAUUUAUGAGCUAAUCAAAGGCCUUCUCCAGAAACUCAUUCACAGUAAGGAAAGGAAAUUCAACAAAACUACAAACAAUUUAGGAAUUUAUAGUGCGUUCAUUUUGACCUGUCCAACAGGAACGUCAGAGAAUAUUAAAAAGGUAUACAGAAACUGCGCCCUUGCAGCCAUGAACGAUGUGUCCUCUACGACAAUUCAAAUUCAAGACGUGUUCAUCAUUGAAGAAUUCAUGUUAUUGAAAUAUUGUUGUGACCAAGAAAAUGACUGUCAAGAACCAACGUUAUACGUUGAUAUUGGUCAUCUCACACUGGACGUUACUGUGGUUGAAACAAUAGAGCAAAAGAGUGAAAUUACAUACAGAAAUGGUGAGGUUGGAGGAUUGUCAAUCAUUCAUAAUAUUAAGAAACAAGGAGCUGAUCCUUAUGAAAUCAUGAAAUAUAUGUUCGAUUCUGUGAGUGAGGAGUUACCAGAUAUGUUGAAAUCAAUUCACCAAGAAAUAGUUGAAGGAAUGACUUCAAUUGUCAGUCCCCUUUGCUUGAUUAUUCUCCAGAAACAGAUUAAGAGAGUUCAUGUUGCCGGAGCAGUGACAAAGUGUCCAUAUUUUGCAAAAAUACUUAACGGCAUUUUGAAUAGAGACAGCGUUGUUUCAAUGAUUGAAAAGAGAAGAAAGUAUUUCAAAAAGGAGUUUAUUGAGAGCGAGAUCAAUGACUUCAGUUUUUCUUACGCAUUAUCAGGGCGAAGUGCAUUAAUUACUGGAAUCCAACGGUUGAUUGAUUCAUCUCUAAGCAAGAACAAAAACAUGCCUCUUUGUUUGGAAUCAACAAACUCCAUUGAAGAAAAUCAAUAUUAUGGUGGAUUACUAUAUGAAGUUCCAAAAAAGAAAGAAUUUGGAAUCAAUGUUAGGUCCGUUGUUUACGACAUGGUUUGUAAACAAGAUUUCGAAAUUUUCAUUAUCAAAUUUAGCUCAAUCAUUGAUGUUGGUAAAGUACAACGUAUCACUAGUAGCAAUUAUGAUUUGGUUGGUGUCAUGGAAUUUGAAAGAUUUUCAACACUAGAUCUUUUCGUGGGCGACAAACUUAUAACUAUCACUAACCAACAAUUAUUUGUGAAGGUUGAUGUGGACAAGGAGAAUGUGACAUUGCAUUUUAUGGUUGGUAUUGACAGCUCCCUAUUCCGUAAGUGGGUUCUAGAAAUUACUCGAAAAGGUAGGAUGGAACGUGUUCCACUUAAUGACUCCGCAGCUCAGAUUUUCUUUAAGAACGAACCAGAAUCCACCACUUGGUAUGGUUUAAAUUAUACCACCAAUUAUUCGCUUCCGGGAGCAAUUGGUACCGAUCUUUCGAAAUCCGAAGUAUCCAAAGAGUUUAAGGGAUUUGAAAUUGAGAUGAAUCAAAUUAACCCCAUGCAGUUCAAAAAAGCUGCACGGGAUAUUGGAGGUGCUUGCGAGAAUUGUGGCGAACAGGUCAAACAAUCAAGUCACAAGGUGACGCCUAAAACCUUAGAUCAUUAUCGAGCUUACCUAAACCGUCAUAUUGAAUGUGGUCGUAUUUGCGAGGAUUGUUUCAACAGGUGUACUAAGAACUCUAACAAUGGCCUUCCAACACAGUAA